AACAGCGUUCCUUGGGGCAGGAGGGUGUAGGACCCGCAGCUCCUUCCAUUUUUAGAGAAGCUACCGUGCGGUGGCGGGAAAGAUUCCUCUUCUCUGGGGGACAGUGGGUGAUGCUGAGGGUGUCAAUGCUCUGACGACUGGACACCAGCCCCCAAGUUUCCACCUGGAAGGAGAUCAAUGGAUAUCAUAAGGGGAAACUUAGAUAGAAUUUCAAAACCAGCCUCAAAUUCAAGAACACGUCCUGGGAGCAGAGGUUCAAAUGCUUCUUUGGAAGUGCUUUCACCAGAACCAGCGUCCUUCAAGGUUGAUACUGCAAUCAAUUUGAACUCCGGCAAAGAGGGCCACUCAGAAAGCAGCAAUACAGAGGAAAGUAGAAACAGUAAUGAUGAUAAUGGGGAAAACUACUCUGAGAAGAUAAAAUUGGCUGAAGAUGGGUCAGAUGAAGAUCUGAACUUAGUUCAACAUCAGAUGAUACCUAGAUGUUCAGAUGAAUCUGAAUUAAAAGAAGUAGAUUCUCAACUCCAUGAUGCUAUUCAGAAAAUGAAGAAGCUUGAUAAGAUAUUGGUGAAGAGACAACAUAAAGAAAAAGAAAUUAAGAAGCAAGGCCUAGAAAUGAGAAUAAAGCUGUGGGAAGAAUUUAAGUCUGCAAAACAUAGUGAAACUUUACAAAGUAAUGAGGAGAUGGAAAAUACAAAAAAGUUUCUGGCAUUGACUGCUGCAUCAGAAGAAACUGUUGAUCCUUCUCGCUAUGAGCAUGAAGAUGCAUUUUUCUCAGUGUUUCACACUCAAGUCCCUCCAGAAGACUAUGAAAACUACAUACAGAAUGUCAAUCAAGAUUUUACCUAUGAUGUGGAAAGAAAUGAGUCAUUGAUCAAAGCAGAAAGGAAACCUUUCUCAAAUACAGAAAAUACUGAGCUCAGGGGUAAACACAGCCAGGAUUUUAUUAAGCGGAACAUUGAGUUGGCCAAGAAUUCAGGACAGCCAGUGGUUAUGAUUGAUAGAGAGAAGAAAAGGCUGGUUGAACUUUUGAAGGACUUAGAUGAUAGCGAUUCUGGACUAUCCAGUUCUGAGGGAGAUCAGUCCAGCUGGCUGGUCCCAGGAGAAGGAUACUCGCUUGCUGUCACCCAGCACCAGCAGCUUGCUGAGAUUAAUACCAAACUCCAAGAACUCUCUGCAGCCUGCCCAACAGUUUGGAGCUUUUCUUCAAGACCUGAGCCGCAGAAUGACGAGGAACCUGGCCUUGAUGGUGGUGGAAGAAAUAUGGAAAUAACUCCAGGAGAAAAGGUACUUCGGAACAACAAAGAACAACGGGAUCAGCAGAAUCGGUUGAGAGAGAUAGAUGAAAAGCUAAAAAAGAUGAAGGAAAACAUGUUAGAUUCAACAUCAUUUCUCUCUGAGGAACAGUUAAGAUGUCUUCUGGAUGAAUGCACAUUCAAACACAAAUCCACGAUGAGACUCUAUUCAGAAAGAGAAGAGAAAAAGGUUGAGGAUAUAACACCUGAGUUCCCCCAGCUUUCCAGUUCUAUUCUGUCUGAGUCACUAAACGGGUCAAAAGCAAAGGUCAAAAGCACUGAGGUGGAAGAUGUAAACAUCCCUGAGAACACAGAAUGUGAAAUAUCUAGAGGCUACUACCUCACCAAAGCCUUGACUGGGCAUUAUAUGUCACAAUCUCUUGUCAUCGAAGCAGAGUAUAUGAAAUGCCUCCAAUCUUCUGAGGACAAGGUUAUUAGUGACACAGAAGACUACUUUAUGUCGAAGACCCUUGGCAUUGGGAGACUGAAAAGGCCCUCCUUCUUGGAUGAUCCACUGUAUGACAUCAAUGUGAACCUUGCAUCCGAAGACCAACAUCUGAAACUCAGCCCUCCAGAGAAACCAAAACCAGGUGACCAGGAGACUGAAAAUGUGAUAGAAGAAUGUAAAGAGUCUUAAGCAAAGAGUUGCUGGAAUAUGCUUUUUAAAAAGUUGGUAAUUUAAGUUAAAUCACACUGUUUACAAAUUCUUUGAAUUCAGUGAAUAUAUUGUAGAAACCAUUCCUCAAAUGAUGAUAUUGGAUUCUCUCUUUUUGGUUCACACUUCCUUGAUAUUUUUGAGACUGGUGGUAUAAUUAUUCAAUGGUUUUUCUUCAUUGAAAGUUCUGGGAAAAUUGUUUUUUAUUGCUAAUCUUGCAACAUUAGGGUUACAUUAUAGAAACCAACAUUUUAUAUAUGGGUGCUAUGUUAAUACCAGUUCAAAUACAAUGACUGUUUUGUGUUUGGUUUUAUACAUUACCACUUCAUUGCGAUUUAGACAGAUUUGUCACCAUGAGUUGUAGUUUUGCCCCUGAAUUCCCUUCUUUCCUCCUCCCUAAUGCCCGUUAAGUAGGUUUAACUUAAUAUGAAGAGAAAAUAAUUUUUUUUCAACAAAGCAAUGUUAGGUUGUCCUUUACUAUCCUUUUAGUAAUGAUACUUUUCACAAGCAGAAGUUUGAGUGAAUUAUUCCACCUAUUAAUUUUAGUUUUUUAUCUUCUUUCCUUUAAGAAUGCAACAAAUAAAGAUCAGCUACUUAAAAACAAAACAAACAAACAAAACUCCUGAUUCUGUUUUAAGGUAGUGGGUUUGUUAGUUACAAGUCAAUAACCCGGAUUCCUGAGAACAUUUUAUGUUAACACUCCAUAGGAUGAAUUGGCACUAGAACUAGAAGUCCAGUUUAUUUCUGAUUCAAAAAAAUAAGCUGCCUCAUUUAAUGAAAUUUGGAGUCAUAUAUGUGUAGCAUUUAUUUUUUGCUAGCAUGUUCUCGUCUACUGAUAUUGAAUAAUGUUAGUGAAUUGCUUACAUCAAAUUUCCUUGCCUUUUUUUAUUGUUGCCACACCCAUGAUAUUUGGAAGUUCUCAGGGCAAGGGAUUUUAUCCAAGCCACAGCUUCGGCCUACACUGCAGUUACAGCAAUGUUGGAUUCUUUAACCCACUGUGCUGAGCUGGGGAUCGAACAUUCGCCUCAGCAGCAACCGUAAUUGCUAUGGUCAGAUCCAUUGCACCAUGGCAGAAACUCCUUCCUAGACUUUCUAAAAUGAAGACUUCUGUAGCUACUGUUUUCAGAAAAAUUAAUAGUCAAUUUCUUUUCCAACCCUCUCUCUUUCAGUUUAUAUUAAAAUAGCAGUAGUUCUUGCUGUUGUCAGUGUGCUGCAAUGUAAUUUAUCCUGAUCCUCAGAGUUUUGUAGUGGGGUGCCAGCAGAGGUUAACAGCCAUGAUUUUAGACUCUCAAAGGAAUGACAUGUGUGUUAUAGAGUUUGAGUCAGAACAAUCAGAGGAGAGAGGUGAUAUGGGUGGAUUUGUAAUGGUCAUGAGAGGAGCCUUGUUUUGCCCAUAAGCCUUUCAGAGGAGUUGAACUUUCUAAACCCAUGCGCUUCUGGUAUUUGACAUGUGUGUGCAUGUGUGCAAGAGAAAGAGAAGAGAUUGGGAGCAAGAGGGAGGGAGAGAGUUAAAAAGGGAGAGAAGGAGAGAGGGAGAUAGGUGUUGGGGAAAGAGCUUAUGGCUUUAUGAUGUGUUUCUGCAAAUGGUGUUUGGAGCAUAGUGAGUCUUUAUGUUUACAAGAGUUUAUGAAAAGGAGUUCCUGUUGUGGCACAGUGGAAAUCAAUCUGGCUAGUAUCUGUGAGGAUGUGGGUUCAAUUCCUGGCCUCGCUCAGUGGAUUGGGGAUCUGAUGUCGUGAUGAGCUGCAGUGUAGGUUGAAGACAUGGCUUGGAUCCUGCAUUGCUUUGGCUAUGAUGUAGGCUGGAAGCUGCAGCCCUGAUUCCACCCCUAGCCUGGGAACUUCCAUAUGCCAUGGGUGAGGCCCUAAAAAGGAAAAAAAAAAAAAAAAAAAAAAGGAGAGAAGGGAAGGAAAACAGAAUGAUUUUAAGUACUGAAUUUUACUAUUAAGAGAAGUGAAACCAGGAGUUCCCGUCAUGGCGCAGUGGUUAAUGAAUCUGACUAGGAACCCUGAGGUUGUGGGUUCAAUCCCUGGCCUUGCUCAGUGGGUUAAGGAUCUGGCAUUGCCAUGAGCUGUGGUGUGGGUCAAAGACGCAGCUCGGAUCCUGAGUUGCUGUGGCGUAGGCAGAGGCGGAGGCUACAGCUCCAUAUGCUGUGGGAACGGCUCAAGAAAAGGCAAAAAGACAAAAAAAAAAAAAAAAAAAGAGAGAGAGAGAAAGAGAGAAGUGAAAACCAUUCCAUAGCAUGUCAACUGAAGGUACCUCUAACUGGUGAGUUGAAUUUAUAUAAUAUAUUCCACAUGAAGGCUCCAGAUUAAAAAAAAAAAAA